AUGGUCUUCCAAAUCAAAGACAAAGCAGAACUAUUCAAAAUCCCCAACUUCGGCGGCAUACCCAACAUUUACUUCGCGGACUACCUAGGCACACAAAACAACACUUCAAAUCCCAUCACCGGCUCAUGGUUCCGCAUCGAAAAAGGCCCCGAGUCUACGCCCCCGAAAUACGACUAUGACGAGGUUGGAGUUGUUAUUGAGGGCGAGAUGACAUUCAGAGAUAAGAGUGGGCAGACAGCCACUGUGAAGGCAGGGGAUACAUUCUUCUUUCCCCGCGGGAGUACAAUUACCUUCUCGACGGAAUCGCAUGGGGUUGCGUGGAAGUGCGGAGCCAGGCUUCCGAGCAAACUGUGA